GGACGAGGUGUCAGUGUGUGGUGUGUGCAAUGUUGCAAUGCUCUGGAGCUGAUCUUAGUGCUGCAGAUGACUCCGCUAAGAUCAAGUUCAUUUUUGAUUAGAGUUCCAAUUAUGCUUCCUGACUUUGAGGCUCAAAGGUAAAAAAGGUCAAGACAUGGGUACAGGACACGGACAAGGUUAUCAAGAGUGAAACGAAAGGAAUGAAACAACAACUGAGUCCUGAACAUAUUGCUGAUGUUAUGAUGAAUUCAGGAGAAUUCACUUACAGUGAUGGGAAAAUACUGAGCAGUGAAUACCUGGGCUACCAGUUGAAUAUUGAGAAACAGAAGGUUGGACUGGCACUGUGUGAAGUGUGUAACAUUCAGCUGAAUUCGGCAGCACAGGCUGAGGUUCAUUAUAAUGGGAGGUCUCACUUGAAGAGGAUGAAACAAGCCAACAGUCACGCACCAAUUUCUUCAACUCCGACUACAUUUGUUACAGGCACCAACACAGGAAGUACAUGCCAUGCUAACACACUUCCUGCAUUUGUGCGGACACCUACCCUGAUGAUGCAGCCGUCACUUGAUGUCAAAUCAUUUAUGCCUUUUCCAGUGGAUACUGGCUCAGCUGUUGGACUUUUCCCAAAUUUUAACACAAUGGAUCCUGUGCAGAAAGCAGUUAUCAACCACACGUUUGGAGUUUCAGUUCCUCCCAAAAAGAAGCAAAUUAUCUCAUGUAAUGUCUGCCAGCUCCGAUUUAAUUCAGAGAGCCAAGCCGAGGCACACUACAAAGGCAGUAAACAUGCCAAGAAGCUCAAAGUACUGGAGGCCACGAAAAAAAAGCAGAAAACUGCUUCUACCAAGGACAGCACAAAGGCCAUCACCACAACCACUGCAAUCACUCCCAACAGCUCAGAGAAAACAGAUGCAGUCAGACUGGCAUUCAACAGUGUAACUGUGAAUAAUCUGCUGAUACACAGGAGUGUCGAUGCUGAACAGCCUAAAUCCACUUCCAUUAUUGGGGAAACUACGAAUAUGAAUGUACACGCAACAAAAACAAUGAUAUCCCUGGCAGCAGUAAGUGUAGACAGCACUGCAACCACUGCCACUGAGUCAGAGGAAGAAAAAGCAAAAAAACUUCUCUAUUGUUCACUAUGCAAAGUAGCCGUAAAUUCACUAUCACAGCUAGAAGCACACAAUACAGGCUCCAAGCACAAAACAAUGGUUGAAGCUCGGAUUGGAGCUGGUCCUAUUAAAUCAUAUCCCAGACCAGGAUCAAAAGCUAAACUUCCAAAUGGUACAAAAGGUUCUGGACUACAAAACAAGACUUUCCAUUGUGAAAUCUGUGAUGUUCACGUCAACUCAGAAAUUCAACUCAAACAGCACAUUUCCAGCAGGAGGCAUAAGGAUAGAGUUGCAGGGAAACCAUUGAAACCUAAGUACAGCCCCUACAGCAAACUGCAACGCAACUCAACUAUUUUGGCAGCUAAGAUAGCAUUUCAAAAGGAUUUAAUAAAACCACUGGCGCCUGGUUUCCUUUCAAAUCCUUUUGCAGCUGCAGCUAUGACCACUCCACUUUCUCUCCACCCCCGUCCUGCUACCUCGUUAUUCCAGACGACCGCAUUAACACCUGCCCUUUUGAGGCCAGCUCCUGGGCCCAUCCGUGCAUCACCUGGGUCAAUUCUCUUUGCACCUUAUUGAUUCUUUGUAAUCAUGGGACAACAAGAGGCCAGCAGAGAUGGGAAAACAAACAACUUUUCUUUCUUCCUUGUAUUUGUCCAUGCUGUGGAGCAUACAGACUGACACCCAGGUCACAGGAUCUCAGUGAACAGUUGCAAUCUCAGUGCCAGUGUGAUGUGAUUUUUAAUAAAUUUACCAACACUGGCUUGUGAGUUCCAAGGGGACUUUUACGGAGUUGACCCUUACAAUCUAUAACUAUUUUUAUUUGGUUUGAGUCUGUCUGCAGAUGGAAUCCAUCUACAAAAAAUAAAUAAUUGAUUUCUAUUGCUGCAGACUUAACAUCAAGAGUCUUCCUAAUAAAUAGAGAUGUAAAAACUAUUAUUGAUAUAACUGAACAUCUGGUACAUAAUGUAAUGCAUUAUGUGUUAAAUUGUGAAUUCCUUAUGAACUGCAUCCGUAGUUUAAAACAACAUUGUGAUGUCAGGGAUUGUGAAAUGCUGUUACAGACGUGAACACAACACUGUUGUAAUUUAUAUAGUGAUAGAAUUGUUUCAGGUCUGAUUUAAAACUCUUAAUAAUAAUUUAUGUUUAGUUGCAGUGUAGUUGCUUGCAGAUCUAUACAAAACAUUCUGCAAACUUUUAUUUUUUAGCUUUUCUUCACUUCUUGUUUACAUUUACCAUCUCAGUAAAUUCGUAUCUUGCAGAUAGCACAGCCUCAUGAGAUAUAAUUCAAAUGAAUAUGUUUUCAUUUUUGGUCUGUGAUAAAUUUGUUUUAAUUUGUUUGGUAGCAUUUUUGUCACUUUUGCUGCUAAAUAAUGUGAAAGAUGUGUUUAAAGUACCAGCUCAAUGUAUUGCACAAAUCAUGAUGAUUCUCUAGCAGAAGUUUUUUAAAAAAAAAAUUAGAUUGUUUAUUUUACACACUCAGAAAAUUUCUUCUGAUCUCUUAAUUCUUCCAUUGUUAUGUUUAGCUGUAAAGCUGCUGCAUUAAUUUGUAGCACUUCAAUGCAAUAAUGUACAGAAAGUAAAUAAUUUUAGAAGAAAAAAAACAUAAUUUUAAGCUUUACUUAACAUGUUGCAAUACUGUUUGCCUUGAAAAUAAAGGCUAUUGAGA